AUGUCAGAAAUUAACAAUGCAAACAUCAGUUUAGAGCAAGAAGCAACUAACUCAUUUAUUGCAUCAUCAUCUCUUGAACUUAUACGCAGUUCAACCUCUAGUAGAGAUUCCAACUUGAAUAGACAAAAAAGAUCAUUUGAAACUCAUUCAUCAGUGACAAUUGAUGGUAAAAAGUACAUGAAUAAAGAUGAUUUCAUAGCAGCCAUAGCACCAGGCGAAGAUUACAAAAAAAUUAAAAAAGAACAAUUUGGUAUAUUAUUUAAAGUUGCUGACACUAGUAAUAAAGGUUUAAUUUCUUUACAAGAUUUUAUUAUAUUUGAAAAUCUGUUAUCAAAACCUAAUGCAGAAUAUGAAAUUGCUUUUAGAUUAUUUGAUGUUGAAGGUAAAGGCAAAAUUACCAUCAAUCAAUUUAAAAAGAUAUUAACAUCAAAUUUAGAACCUGAUAGUGUACCUUUUGACUUUGAUUGUGAUUGGUUGAAAUUGUAUGUUGGGAAAAAACCUGGUCUAAAACAUGAUUUAACUUAUGAGGAAUUUACUCAGUUGUUGAAAGGAUUACAAGGUGAAAGGUUGCGUCAAGAAUUCAAAUAUUAUGAUAAAGAGGGUAUUGGUUAUAUUAAGCCUGGCGAAUUCAAAAAAAUGAUUCUUUCAAUAUCAAAGCAUAAAUUAUCCGAUUACGUUUUAGAACAUUUACCUACUUUAUGUAACGUAUCAACAACCAAAAAAAUAAGUUAUGCAGCAGUAGUUGCUUUUCAUAAUGUGUUGAGGCAAAUGGACAUGGUGGAAAGAAUUGUGAUGAAGGCUAUUUCUGAGAGUAAAGAUGGUAGAAUCACUAAAAAUGAUUUUCUUAACACAGCUGCGAAAGAAACAAGAUUCUCAUUGUUCACUCCUUUAGAAACCGAUAUAAUAUUUCAUUUUGCUAGUUUAGGAAAUCCCUCUGGUAGAUUAGGCAAGAAAGAUUUUGUUCAAUUAUUGGAUCAGCAAUGGCAAAAGCCACCAGUAAUUAAACCUUUAAUAGAAAUUGAUAGUGAAAAAUUAAAGAAGGUGACUGGUGAAAGAACUGGUUUCAUAUGGAAUGUACUUCAUCAAGUCUACUCUUUUGCAAUGGGUUCAAUAGCUGGGGCUGUAGGUGCAACAGUUGUGUAUCCUAUUGAUUUGGUUAAAACAAGAAUGCAAAAUCAAAGAUCAAAAGUUGUUGGUGAAUUAUUAUAUAGAAAUAGUAUCGAUUGUUUUCAUAAAGUUAUAAAAAAUGAAGGUGUAAUGGGUCUUUAUAGUGGUCUGGGUCCUCAAUUAAUUGGCGUAGCACCUGAAAAAGCCAUCAAAUUAACAGUUAAUGAUUUAGUAAGAUCACUUUUGACAGAUAAAGAAACUGGUAAAAUUCCAACUAGAUACGAAAUUUUGGCAGGUGGGACAGCAGGAGGUUGUCAAGUGAUUUUUACAAAUCCAUUAGAAAUAGUAAAGAUUCGACUUCAAGUACAAGGAGAAUUAUCAAGAAAUUUAGUAACAAAGGUGCCGCCUAAAUCAGCUAUAUGGAUAGUUAGAAGUCUUGGUAUAGUAGGGUUAUAUAAAGGAGUAAAUGCAUGUUUAUUAAGAGAUAUACCAUUCAGUGCUAUAUAUUUUCCUUCUUAUGCACAUAUAAAAAAAGAUCUGUUCAAUGAUGGAGUAAAUGGUAAAAGAUGUAGUAUAUUUGAAUUGUUGUUAUCAGGAGCGUUGGCUGGUAUGCCAGCUGCUUAUUUGACUACACCUGCUGACGUUAUAAAAACCAGAUUGCAAGUUGAAGCCAGGACAGGACAAACACAGUAUAAUGGUAUAAUUGAUGCUACUAAAAAGAUUCUCAAGGAAGAAGGAUUUGGAGCAUUUUUCAAAGGUGGGCCUGCCAGAGUUUUCAGAUCUUCGCCGCAAUUUGGCACAACGUUAAUGGUUUACGAGUUGUUACAAAGGUGGUUUCCUUGGAAUGUCAAGGCUUACACCACUACUACUGCUGCUAAAACCGAUAAUAUUGGUGGUGAUAGUAGUAGAGAUCUCGAUUAUUUAAAGAGUAGAAACGCUUUAAAAAUUUUGUUGGAUUUGGAUUACAAAUUUGGAGUUUCUCCAAACAAUAUUGAUAAACCAAUUAUACCAAAUUAUCAAGAAGAACAAAAUCAAGAAAUAGAAGUAUUAAAAUCUAUUUAUCCUGAUGAAUUGGAAGAAAUUAAUGAAAAAGAAUUUCGAAUAAUAAUUGAACCUGAAGAUCAAGAUCGUGAUUUAAAUUUACAUAUCAGGAUUGCUUUACACAUAAAAUACACACCAAAAUAUCCAGAAGAGACCCCAAUAAUAUCAAUUGAUACACUGGAGGGAGAAUUGAGUGAAGAAGAACAUGAUAAACUAUAUUCUGAAAUUUCUAUAGUGGCUGAUGAUUCAUUGGGAAUGGCAAUGGUGUUUACAUUAUCAACACUACUGAAAGAUUUGUUAACAACAAUGGAAAAUGCAAGAUUUAAAGGUACAAAGGUGACAUAUGAAGCAUUUUUAGAAUGGAAAAAACUUUUUGAUAAAAAAAUGGAAGAUAUAGAAAAAUCAAAGAAAGACCCAAUUUUAUUAAAAAAAGAAGAAUCAAGGAAAAAUAAAUUAACAGGAAGACAAUUAUUUGAACAAGAUAAAUCACUCGCAAAAUCAGAUUCAACGUUUAUAGAAGAUGAUGAUGUUACAGUAGAUGUAUCUUUAUUCGAAAAAGAAUCCAUUGCAGAAGGUGAAGACGAAGAUGAAGAUGAAAUUAGCGUAAUUGAAUUAGUAAAAAAUAUUAACGAUUAA